AUGGCUGCCGCAGACAUUCAGCCAGGUGCUGAGGUGUCCUCAAGAUGGCUUUACCUCGACAAGAUACGCACGACCCCAGGCCCAUUUACAGACACGAGCGAGGAGUCGGGAUACGACCCGGAAUCUGUGAUAUCCAGGAUGGACAGCAUCAAAAUCCUAGUGAUUGGAGCCGGUGGUUUAGGGUGUGAGAUUCUCAAGAACCUUGCGCUGUCAGGCUUUAAGGAUAUCCAUGUCAUUGAUAUGGACACGAUUGAUAUCUCGAACCUCAAUCGGCAGUUCUUGUUCAGGAAGGCGGACGUUGGGAAGUCCAAGGCGGAGGUAGCAGCAAAGUUCGUCGAGAAGCGUGUCAAAGGAGUCAAGAUUACACCCCACAACUGCCGGAUCCAGGAUUAUGACGAGGAUUUCUACAUGCAAUUCCAGAUGGUGGUGUGUGGCUUGGACAGCAUCGAAGCUCGACGGUGGAUUAAUGCUACCUUGGUGAACAUGGUGGACAUGGAGAACCCAGACAGCUUGAAGCCGAUGAUUGACGGGGGCACAGAAGGCAAGGAGCAUCACCUUCAAGACCUAGAGUGA